GACCGAGGAGAGGGAGAGGCUGGGCUGAAUAUGAGCUGCGGGGCUUCACAGGGUGCAGCCCCAGAAUGUAUUUUCGGUGCUGUUCCCCCCCCCUUUUGUCUUGGUGGAUGUGAAGGAGAGUAUCUCUGGCCAUGUGCAGAGUGCCUUCCCCCCCCUACAUCCGCUUCCUUACCUUCAAGCGACCAUAAAAUAGUAGUUUUAGCUCGUGCCAGCUUGCUGCUUGGUCAUGGGGCCGUCCCGGUGCCAUACUUAAGAGCUGUCAGUGAUGCGCUGGAACCUUUGGCUGUGCCAGGGCAUUCUCCGUGUGGGACGGCAGAGUAGGUAUCUCCGAGCCAUGGCGGCACAGAACAGCCAGGCCAGUUCCGGAACCAACGAAGGAAUCUCAGGUGGGGAGGUCAUGACAGCUGGGAUCAUCAUUAUCGGAGACGAGAUUUUGAAGGGCUACACGCAAGACACAAAUUCGUUCUUCAUGUGCAAGAAGCUCCACUCGCUGGGCGUAAAAGUGUCCAAGAUCUCUGUGGUCCCCGACGAGGUGGAUGCCAUUGCCGACGAAAUCUCAUCUUUUGCCAGCAGGUUCACCUAUGUCCUGACGUCAGGCGGGAUCGGCCCCACCCACGACGACGUGACUUUUGAGGCGGUGGCCCAGGCUUUUGGGGAGAAGGUCUUCCCCCACCCAGAGAUGGUUGAGCUGGUGAAGAAGUUUUUUGGCAAGACAGAGGCUGAGUGCCCGGAGAUGAAGCUGGCCCGCAUCCCUGAGUCAUCGCUGCUCAACUAUGGCGUAGAUGACAAAACAGGCCGCCCCUUCAGUUACCCGCUCAUCAGCGUCCGCAAUGUCUACGUCUUUCCGGGCAUCCCAUCGUUGAUGAGAAGGGCCCUUGAGGGUCUUGGCCAUCUCUUCCGUAAUGAGAAGACCCAAUUCUGCUCCCAGGAGAUCUAUGUGAACACUGAGGAGAUCCUCAUUGCACCCAUACUUGACCAGGCCAACGUCAGCUUCAGGCGUCGCACGAGUCUAGGCUCCUACCCUGAUUGGGUCAACAAUUACUUCCGGGUCAAGCUCACCCUGGACUCUGACUCGAAAGAGCACCUGGAGGAGGCUGUCUCCUUCCUGAUGGAGAAUCUGCCCAAAGGGAUUGUGGUGCCCUUGGUGGCCAACCCUGUCUCGCAGGCAGCCAAGGACGUGUAUGCCCUGGCUGAGUCUGAUUCCCCUCUUGGCCAGAAGGUGGCAGCAGCAAUUCGGACCAUUGAGGAAGCCCUGGACCGGUACAUUCUGUCAAAGCUUUGCGUUGGGUUCAAUGGCGGGAAGGACUGUACGGCCUUACUUCACCUCUUCUAUGCUGCUGUACAGAGACGGUACCCGGAGAGGUCCGAGAAGCUGCGAGCUCUUUACAUCCGGACCGUGUCCCCUUUUCCCGAGAUGGAGGAGUUCAUCAAAGACACUGCUCAGCGGUAUAACCUUAACAUCUGUAAUGUCCACGGAAACAUCAAACAGGCAUUGGGUGACCUGAAGGCGCAGCAGCCAGAGCUGGAGGCCGUGCUGAUGGGCACCCGUCGCACCGAUCCUUACUCCUGCACGUUGACGCCUUUCUGCAUGACGGACCCCGACUGGCCUCAGUAUAUGCGGGUCAAUCCUCUCCUGGAUUGGACAUACCGGGAUAUAUGGCAGUUCCUUCGCACCCUCUAUCUCCCUUACUGCAUUCUUUAUGACAAGGGCUACACUUCUCUCGGGAGCAUGAGCAACACGCAGAAGAAUCCGGCCCUGUGCUACACAGACGCCCGAGGGCGGGAAUGCUACCGGCCAGCCUACGAGCUAGAGAACGAAGAGGACGAACGCAACUCCCGCCACUGAAGCCUGGCUAGGCCUGACUGUCGUUGCCACAGCAACCACUGGCCAGCGCUGCAGAGCUGACAAGGCCCGAAGCCUAGCUCAGUUAAGGCCAGAGACAAAAUGGCCACUGCCACUACCGCCGGGGCACUGAGGGGCUGUCCCCCCAUGUUAUUGGCUAGCCUCAUCCUUGUGACAGUUGAUGGUAAGCUGUAAGCACCUUUGUCCAUCGUAGUAGACGGUGGAAAUAAAUUCCAUUAAUCCCAA